CUUUCUUCUCUCUGGGACACUCCUCCGAAGCCGAAGGAGAGAAGAAGCAAACCCCCCAUCAUCGCCGAUGGUUCCGAGCAGCGCUGUGAUGUUGGAAGCGGAGGCGUUGUUGUUGGCUAUGCAGACUCCGUGGAUUCCUCGCCUCGCUCCCACGGCGCUAUGGCGGCUAUAUUAUUCCCCGCUCCACUGGAAAAUCUCUCUGCUAUCUUGGUGGAGACUGGCGAGGCUCGCAUCGUCGUCAUCGUCAAUCGCCAUUCCACCCUCUCCAAUCUCUCUGCUUGCCUCUCUCGUUCUCUUUUCGGCAACCCGCCCUUCACCCUCAAGUACCAGUUCCCCAACGAGGUUAUCAAAACUCAUUCUGAGGCUCCGAAGGUCAUCCUCCUGGGUGUUGAGCAGGGUUUUGUCAACAAUGCAGCAGGUUUCAUGCAGUAUUGGAGUUUGACGUUGCGAAGCAGAGCUAGCUGAAGGAGGAGGCUGGCAGGGCACAACGAAAGGAGGUGGAAGAGUAGCCAUGAAUUCAUUGGCAAGAACUCGUCUCUAGGUACACCUUUGUUGUUGAUUAUUGUCGUUAAAUUUGAUUUUCUGGUGUUGUUCAUAGUGACAGAUUAGAACAGAAAUUGUGUGAUUAUUAGUUAGGUUAAGGAUUGUGGGAAUGGCUAGGCUUUUUUGUGCCUCUUUGGCUUUUUAUGGAUAGGGAUAGAUAGGGGUGGAACUUGUAGGGCAAGGAGGAAUAGUUGGGAGUGAGGUUUGAAAAAAAUUAGGUGCAACUGGGAUUGGCUCCAGAGUAUUGUCUGAAAAAAUUAAUACUCUGAAAAAAUUAGGAAGGUUGCUUGGGGAUUAAUUUUUUGUAAGGUUGCUUUCUUUGUAAGGUUUCUUUAGUGGAGUGUAGGCCAUGAAAAAAAUUAGGAAGUUAGGCAUCUUUUAAGAUAACCAAUUGUUGAUAUUCAAAUGAUAGCUGCCAUGAUAUCAUGUAAUCUGAUGUAUCGUGGAUCUGUGAACUCUUGGCAAGAGAUGCUUGGGGAUGAUUAUCAGUAGUUGGGUGACAGAGCAAGAUGAUUAAAAGACAAGCUUUGUGAACACUGAACAAGGGGGCACAAAACAGACUGGGCCAUUUACAACCAGGUACGUUAUAUACAUAUAGUGAGUCAAUGUCUAGUGUGCCUGUAGGAUGAUGAAAAAUAAAAGCUUAAACUUAUAUGAAUGACAAAUUGAAAAUUAGGUUGACAGCCAAACAUGUCGUAGACACUAAUAAAGCAAUUUGCAGACUAGAAUAUGUCAAUGGUGUGUAUGUGUGUGCAUAAACGUUUACCUGUGGUGUCACUAUAUGAACAAAUGAAUUCACAAGAUAAACAAUCUAAUGGUUGUUGAUCUGUCAUAAUUAAUCGGUGGAAAAUCUAUUUUACAGUUGAUAAAGAAACCAACAUGCAGUGAACGCAAGAAACAGUUAAAGUAGAAUUUACCAGGAAAUGACUUGCUGCAAUUUUGUAUGGAGUGUUUUAAUGAGCACCAGCUGUUGCAUUUGAUGCACCUAAAUUGGUCACAUCUGCGCAAGACUCACCAUGUGCAAUACUUAAGUUAAUUGCCCAUGAAACCAUAUAUAUAUAUAUAUAUAUUUUAUAUUUAUUUGUAUGUAUGUAUAUAUAUAUAUAUAUUAGUUUAACUCUUGGCAAACUUCUUUCACUUCCAAUAGUUUUUGCGGUAGUCAUAGUAUUAUAGCACCAGUAUUUAUGCUGUAGUAGAUGUUACUGAUCAAUAUAUUAAUUGUGAUACAAACUAAUUUAUUAAUAGUUAUACACUAGUUGGAGUAACAACUACCUCACAAUGCUCCCAGGUGCUUGACCUUGUCAUUAGCGUAUGUAUUAAAUCUUAGGUGAACAUUAUUCUAGCCAGAUUCUGUAAGGAUAUACCAUUAUUCCA